AUGCCAUCCCUCCGCCAUACCCACUUCCACGGUGACCGGGCAUCGACGCAGGCCGUCGUCCACCGCCGCCACCACGUCGGCAGCCGCACUCUUCUAACCCUGGCCAUCGAAACCUCAUGCGACGAUACCUGCGUCGCCGUCCUCUCCAAGGACCCCGGGCCCGGCGGCCGCGCGACCCUCCAUUUCAACAGCAAGGUCACGUGCGACAGCACGGCCUACGGCGGCGUUUACCCGCCCGUCGCCCUGCGCUCGCACGACGCACACCUCGCGCCCCUCGUUGCCGAGGCCCUCGCGGCCCUGCCGCCGAUCGAACAACGCCCCAGGGUCCACGAUGACGAUACACCGGGGGUCAUUGCGGGGGGGUCCGCCGCAAGUGAUAGCCACGGCGGCGGCGUAAUGACAGUCUCCGGCGUCCCCCGCCAGAUGCCCACCUUCGUGACGGUGACCCGUGGCCCGGGCAUGUCCGCAAACCUUGGCUCCGGCCUCGCCACGGCCAAAGGUCUCGCGGCGGCGUGGCAGGUGCCCCUCCUGGCCGUCAACCACAUGCAGGCCCAUGCCCUCACCCCACGCCUCGUGUCUGCCCUCAAUUGGUCUCUUCCUGCACCAUCUCCCUCUUCUCCCCCUCCUCUUCAUCAUCAUCCUCCUGCUGCUGCUGCUGCCUCGGCCCCGAUACCCCUAACACCCGAAUACCCCUUCCUCACCCUUCUCGUCUCAGGCGGUCACACCCAGCUCGUUCACUCCUGCUCCCUCACAGACCACCGCAUCCUCGCUACCACGGUAGAUGUCGCCGUUGGUGACGCCCUAGACAAGGCGGCGCGCCACAUCCUGCCCCCAGACAUGCUGGCCUCCCACGGGGACGUCAUGUACGGCGCCCUCCUCGAGCGCUUCGCCUUCCCGGGUUCCUCGCCUGCGUCCACUCCUUCUCCACCGCAAGAGUACGACUACGAGUAUACCCCGCCCUUCCGUCGCAUCGACGAGAUCGCUACCUACACCUCCCCCUACUCCUGGACCCUGACCCCGCCCCUUGCCGCCUCCCGCGCCCUGUCGUACUCCUUCGUCGGCCUCGGCAGCCAGAUUCACAAGAUCGUCGCAUCCAAGAACGGCGGCGGCAGCGACGAUACAAUGCCACUCGAUGAGCGCAGGUGCCUCGCCCGCGCCGCCAUGCGCCUCCUGUUCGAACACCUGGCCAGCCGCGUCCUCAUCGCCUUGGCCGCCGAACCGGAGCUCAGGGACGCCGUCCGGACGCUCGUCGUUAGCGGUGGCGUUGCAAGCAACCGCUUCCUCAUGCACGUCCUGCGAAAAACCCUUGAUGUUCGCGGGGCCGCCCACAUCGGGCUCACGGCGCCCCCGCCAGCGCUUUGUACGGACAAUGCGGCCAUGAUCGCCUGGACGGGCAUGGAGAUGUACGAGGCUGGCUGGGAAAGUGAUCUCUCAGUGCACGUCCAACGGAAGUGGUCGAUUGACCCGGCGAGCGACGAGGGCGGAAUCCUCGGCCUCGGCGGUUGGGUGAGAAGAAAAUCGAGUGAGUAG